AUGUCAGAAAGAACAGGUAGGAAAAGUUCAGGAGCCAAGACAUCAAGGUCGAGCUCAAGUAAUGUGAGAAGGCCAUCCCUACCCCGCUUGAGAAGCUCGCCAAGAUUAGUCCGCACUAUUAGCGCCGAGAGUGAAACUCUUACACGAGCUGUGAGUCAUUUGAGCCUUGACGGCGGAGCGCAGGAUAGCAUAUGGGUACCGUUUGUGAAAGGCGUUUUAAAUGCCAGUUUGCCGCACGAAUAUCUCCGCGCCGAUGUGUUGAACUUGGCACAAGCUUUGAAGCUGCCCAAAUGGCACAACAAGAAAGGAAGUACCACCCAUUUGAUUCCCAAUCUUGUCAAGCUAACCAAGAUUACAGGUGCUCUCACGAACGCAAUCUUCAAAGUCGAGUAUCCCUCACUGCCCUCGCUGCUACUUCGAGUGUACGGUCCACAGGUGGAGAGCAUCAUUGAUCGCGACUAUGAGCUAAAAGUGCUGGCACGAUUAUCAUCGCAUAAUGUGGGGCCCAAGCUUUACGGGUGCUUUACUAAUGGCCGUUUUGAACAGUUUUUAGAAAACUCAACUACCCUCACCCGCCAUGAUAUCAGAGAUUGGCACACAUCGCAGAGGAUUGCUCGCCGAAUGAAAGAGUUGCAUACAGGUGUUCCGCUACUUCCUUUUGAAAUAAAGCAAGGCCCUAUCUCAUGGUUCAGAAUGGACAAGUGGCUAAAGGUUUUCGAGCAGUCGAAAUGGUCUCGUAAUGAUUCUAAUAUUCAAGAGGUGUUACUCGCGGAUAGCUUCACUCGUUUUCUUGAAAUGGUUCAAAGAUACCGGAACUGGCUGGAUGAAGCCUACCGCGGCUCAAAAGAUGAUUUGGCAUUCUGCCAUAACGACGCCCAGUACGGUAACUUACUGUUCACCUCACCAGUGGCUCCUCCUGUGACAGCUCCUACAUCUUCCGCAGCCUCGAUUGAAUCUUCGAACUCCUUGUUCCCUACAAGUUCCAACAUCUCGGUUGACCAGAUUAUCAACCCCCCUCAGCAAGAACAGGCACAAGAUUCCAAACUAGUUGUAAUUGAUUUUGAAUAUUCGGGAGCCAACCGCCCUGCUUUCGAUCUAGCAAAUCAUUUCAGCGAGUGGAUGUGCGAUUAUAACUGCUCCGAAGCGUACAAGUCAGAUGAGACAAAAUACCCCACAAAAGCCGAAUUGCUCAACUUCCUUUACUCCUAUGCCUCUCACAGAAGGUCGUCGCAUAAUGGAACUAUUGACAAAGAAGUAAGAGAGCUUUACAAUGACGUUAUAAGACAGCGCGCUUGUGUUUCUCUGCACUGGUGCAUGUGGGCCAUUAUCCAGAGCGGCGAACUUGACGAUGCCAAGAAAGAUAAAGUCAUUGAGGAGGGCCCCGGUGGCGAGAAGUACGUGAUCACUGUGGACCCCGACGACGAGGGGGCAGUUGAGGAUUCUGACAGUAGCGUGGACGGCGUGGACAUUGAUACCUUCGACAAUAUACGAUUUGCUACCGAAAAGAUAGCUAUAUUCUGGGGCGACCUUCUCCAGCUGGGUUUAGUGAAAAAGGAAGAGCUACCAAACGGUAUUAAAUUGAAGUUACUAGAUACAGCGUUCUUGUAA